AUGGAUUUGAGUGUACAAUUGGGGAAUCAAUCAUGUCCAAAUUGGUUUACAGGCUUGAAGGGGUUACCUCAAAACUUUGACCUGAUCAUCGUUGGAGCAGGGAUCUCUGGUUGCGUUUUUGCUGAACAAGCCUCUCGAAGAUACAAUCUGAAAAGUUUGAUAAUUGAUAAACGAAAACAUAUCGGCGGUAACUGCUACGAUUUCAUCAACAGACAUGGUAUCAGGAUUUCACAAUAUGGAGUGCACCUAUUCCACACUAAGUUUUCUCGUGUUUGGAAAUAUGUAAACAACUUUAGCGACUGGACUCCAUAUGAACACAGAGUGAAGGGUAACAUUAAAAUAGGUGCUGGAUAUAGAAUGGUUCCAAUACCACCAAGUCAAGAUACAAUCAAUGUACUAUUCGGCGCUGAUGUUAGCAACGAAAUAGAAAUGGAAGAAUGGUUGAAUUCGAGAAGAGUUCCGGCAGAGCAGCCUAAAAACGGCGAAGAAAGUGCUCUAGCUCGAAGUGGUGAAGAACUUUAUAAUGCUAUCUUUAAACACUAUACAAAAAAACAGUGGAAUAAGUGGCCAAAAGAACUCGACGCAAGUGUGCUUGCUAGAAUCCCUGUUCGUACUAAUACUGAUGAUCGUUAUUUCACAGACCCAUUUCAAGCUUUACCAAAAGAAGGAUACACAAAAAUUUUUGAGAAUAUGGUUUUAGAAGAUCCAAAUAUCACAAUUCGUCUUUGUAUAGACUACUUUGAUGUCCGUGGUGAUCUACCUGAGUCGAAUCUUUUAGUUUUUACUGGUCCAAUAGAUUCUUAUUAUUCUUCUCUCGGUUUACCAAAGCUCGAAUAUAGGUCACUUAAAUUUGAGGAAGAAUAUCAUGAACCUGAGGACGGCUACUAUCAAAAUUGUUUACAGUUGAACUAUCCGGGUGAAGAGGUAGAUUAUACUCGAGUAGUGGAAUAUAAGCACAAACCAAAUCAACCUAAAGAUGUUCACAGAAGAAAAGGUACUGUUAUAUUUAAGGAGUACAGCUGUGAUGAAGGAGAACCAUACUAUCCAGUUCCCAAUCCAGAAAACCGGAGUCUAUACGGAAAGUAUAAAGAGAUGGCCGCGAGAGAAAGUAAAGUUUGCUUUGUAGGAAGAUUAGCAAGCUACAAGUACUUCAAUAUGGAUCAGGCAUUUUUAAAUGCGCUUGAAAUGUUCGACGAAUAUUUUAGUAGAAGUUCAAGUUUUCCGACUCAUCUAGGGGAAGGAGAUGGUCCAAAAUAG